GUAAUUUUGGAUCGGGUACUGACUAAAUGGAAGAAUUUGAAAUCGGCGCAGUCGGCGGCGAGCAUAGGGAUCGCGUGAACAAGCAAACAAGCGCCGAACGCCGAACGCCAUCUGAGCAGUCCGACAGGAAUGUCGAACUACACGUUUUGGCGACAGAUUUUUCGUACAUUGUCAAUAAUUAAUAUUUUAACAAAAGCGAAUACAGUGAACGGUCAGUGAUUUUUAUGUUAUCCGUUAACGUAAUUCACUUGUGAUACAAAGCAAUAGGCCGUCAAAACAACCGUGCGGGUAUAAUGGCAGCACUCCCUCGGCGUAUAAUAAAAGAAACACUUCGACUAAUUCAGGAGCCAGUGCCGGGAAUCAGUGCUAUUCCGGAUGACAGUAAUGCACGCUAUUUUCAUGUCGUCGUAGCCGGGCCCGAGGACUCUCCAUUCGAGGGGGGCUCAUUUAAACUAGAAUUAUUUUUACCCGAAGACUACCCCAUGUCUGCGCCCAAGGUCAGAUUUAUCACGAAAAUAUAUCAUCCAAAUAUUGACAGACUAGGUCGUAUCUGUUUGGACAUACUGAAAGAUAAAUGGAGCCCCGCUCUUCAAAUCAGAACGGUACUCUUAUCAAUACAAGCCUUACUGAGCGCCCCUAAUCCAGAUGAUCCUUUGGCAAAUGAUGUGGCUGAAUUGUGGAAAGUAAACGAAGGAGAGGCUAUUCGAAAUGCAAAAGAGUGGACUAGAAGAUAUGCCAUGGAAAAUAAUGGAGAAUAUUAAAAUAAACAAUAUUUCAUUAAUAAUUUUUCCAUAAUUAUUGUGCUUUAGUGAUUUUUUUUAUUACACAUGUAAGUCGAAUGAUUUUACAAGAGCACUGAAUCUAGUUUUAAUAUAUUUAAAACUCAUGCCGCCAGGUGAGACUAUUACAUCUGAUUUUAAAUAAUUGUAAAUUAGCAACCUUGUAUUAAUUGAUAAAUUAUGUAAAGUUUUUAUUUGUCACAAAAUGUUUUACGAUAAGUUAUUGGCAAA